CCCCAACAAUGGAGAAGUCGAUGGGACCCUCGGCCCAAAGUGGAGCGUUGUGGAUGCUGGGCAGGGCAAUGCCGUCCAAGUCCCUCUUCUUGGGUCUGGCCAUCUUCUCCUCGCUUGUCCAAGUGGUGAUAGAAGCCAGCUCUUGGUGGUCUCUGGGCAUGAACCACAUGAAUCCCAUGAACCCUGUUCAGAUGCCAGAGGUGUACAUAAUCGGAGCCCAGCCGUUGUGCAGCCAGCUGGCAGGGCUUUCCCAAGGACAGAAGAAGCUCUGCCACUUGUACCAGGACCACAUGCAGUACAUCGGAGAGGGAGCAAAGACUGGGAUUAAGGAAUGCCAGUAUCAGUUCCGCCACAGACGAUGGAAUUGUAGCACUGUGGAUAAUAACUCUGUUUUUGGCAGAGUCAUGCAGAUAGGCAGCAGGGAGACUGCCUUCACUUAUGCUGUCAGCGCUGCUGGAGUGGUCAAUGCAAUGAGCCGGGCCUGCCGAGAGGGGGAGCUCUCCUCCUGUGGUUGCAGCAGGGCUGCCCGACCGAAAGAUUUACCUCGGGACUGGCUGUGGGGUGGCUGUGGGGACAACAUUGACUACGGCUACCGCUUUGCCAAGGAGUUUGUGGAUGCCCGCGAGCGAGAGAGAAUAUAUCAGAAAGGAUCUUACGAGAGUUCCAGGAUUUUGAUGAACCUGCAUAACAAUGAGGCGGGGAGAAGAACGGUGUAUAGCUUGGCAGACGUGGCCUGUAAAUGUCAUGGUGUGUCUGGUUCCUGCAGUCUGAAGACCUGUUGGCUACAGUUGGCCGACUUUCGCAAAGUCGGCGAUGCUCUGAAGGAGAAAUACGACAGCGCGGCAGCUAUGAAACUCAACGCCCGGGGCAAGCUGGUGCAGGUGAACAGCCGCUUCAAUGCCCCAACCAUCUAUGACCUUGUGUACAUUGACCCCAGCCCAGACUACUGCGUGCGCAACGAGAGCACCGGCUCCCUGGGCACGCAGGGCCGGCUCUGCAAUAAGACUUCCGAAGGCAUGGAUGGCUGCGAACUCAUGUGCUGCGGGCGAGGCUACGACCAGUUCAAGACAGUGCAGACAGAACGCUGCCACUGCAAGUUCCAUUGGUGCUGCUAUGUGAAAUGCAAGAAGUGCACAGAAAUUGUGGACCAGUUUGUAUGCAAAUAGGUGGGGGAUGGGCGGGAGGAGCUCUUCCGGUCUACCAGCAGGGGGCGCUGUCCCGAGAUGAUUUUCCGCUCUUAUUUAUAGAGCCCAAUGGGUUGCUUUCCUUGUUUAUAUAUUAAAAAACUU